AUGGGUUCAGUAGGCCAAUCAACAAACGAAAUCAUCGCCACUCUUGACGGAGUGAACACUGAUCAGUUCAGUGGCGAUGAAGUAGAGCGCCUUCGCGUCCGCGCAGCAGCUCGUCGACUCCUAGCCAGAGUUGAAAGUCCGUAUGAGCGAGCCUGGGGAUUCUGCUUCGAACAGCCGGCUGUUUUUGCUGCGCUCCAGACGUGCAUUGACUUGGGCAUCUGGAAGGCUUGGACUGCGAUUGGAGGUGGCAAGAAAACUAUUGAUGAGUUGGUGAAAUUGACAGGGAGAGAUGUGGCGCCCAAUCUGUUGAGACGAUUAUUCCGUCUCUUGGCAGCCUUCAACGUCGUCGAGGAGACAGCCCAAGACACAUUCAAGCCGACUCCAUUCUCGUACGCAAUUGGCGACGAGAGUACGAAAGUCCGAGCAUCCCUCGAAGCAGCUACAUAUCAAUAUAUCUCAGCCGGCCAAAAUCUUCCAAGAUAUCUCGCCAAGAUCAGCUACCAAGAACCCACCGCCGCUGAAGACAACAACUACACAGGAAGCGACCCCGAUGGACUCAACUUCUUCGGGCGACUGCAGAAAAACCCGGAGUAUUAUGAAGCCUUCACUGGACACAUGGAAGCUUGGACGUCUUGGAAAACGCCGUGGACUAAAAUUUAUAAACCCAGCAAAUUGGUAGAUGGGGCUGAUCUGAGCAAGCAGCUUGUUGUCGAUGUAGGAGGUAAUACCGGUAUUGAUAUCACUCAUUUUCUUCAUGCUCAGCCAGAUAUUCCCGCGGGUUCGUUGGUUUUACAAGAUCUUCCUGAGAUUAUCCAGCGUGUCAAAGUGGAUGAGAAGAUCAGGCCUCAGAUCCACGACUUUUUCACACCACAACCCGUGACAGGAAGUCGUGCCUAUUUCAUGCACGCCAUUCUUCACGACUGGCCCAAUUCCGAAGCCAUCCAGAUCCUCACCCACACAAAGAAUGCCAUGACCAAAGGCUACUCCAAGCUCUUCAUCUACGACAUUGUGGUUCCGCCGACUGGAGCCAGUAUCAGCCAGACUACCAUGGAUGUGCAGAUGAUGUCGCUGCUUUCUGCCUCGGAGCGCACCAAGAGUCAGUGGGAGCAGCUUUUGUCAAGUGCUGGGCUUAGGAUUGUCGAGUUUUGGCCUGAUCCGCAGGAGUAUGAGAUGCUUAUCGAGGCAGAGAUUGCGUGA